AUGCACAAUGCACUACUUAUAAGGUUGCUGAAAAGCAUUCGACAGCCCACGACCGGUUCUACCCUUCUUGGGGCCCAUCAAGAUGGGGACCGCGUGAUCCUCACUGUGCCUGGUUGGAGACCUUACAAGAUAUGGCUGCCAAUCGAUGUCAGUGGCGUUCUUGUUGUCAGUUUCUAUCCAGAGUGCGUGAGUGAAUGUCCAGAGGUGCUUUCAAAUAAAUCAUGGUUGUACGGCCGUGAAGCGUCGGUGGUGAACACUGAUGUCAUGCUGUCGAUGAUGAUGAUGAUGAUGAUGAUGAUGAUGUGA